CGCCAUCUUGCCACCAUGGCGCGGGGCCGCGCGCUGCUGGCCGCGCUGCGGGGCCGCGGCUCCUGCCGGAGGGGGAGGAGCGGCCCCAUGGAGGAGGUGGCGGAGGGGGAGGGCGAGGCUGCUCCGGAGCGGCUGCGGCGGGGAAGGGGUGCUGCGCACCUGCUGCAGCGGGGUUCGCCCCGCGGUUCUUCUCAAAAAGAUAUGGAUAAGAAAAUGGAUGACGAGCAAUCUUUGACUGCAUGUAACCAGUACCCUAAAGAAGUGGUGAGGAAACGUCAGAAUUCAGGUCGAGGCUCCAGAGGCAGCGAUUCUUCCAGGACCUCCAGGAAAAGCUUCAGGCUGGACUACAGGUUAGAAGAGGAUGUAACUAAAUCAAAGAGAGGCAAAGAUGGGAGAUUUGUCAACCCUUGGCCAACAUGGAAAUCUCCAACCUUUCCAAAUGUUUUGAAAUGGUCCCUCAUGGAAAAAAAUAACAGCAAUGUGCCGUGUUCAAAGCAGGAACUUGAUAAAGAGCUUCCAGUGUUAAAACCAUACUUUAUUCAAAAGCCGGAGCUUGCUGGGAAGACAGGAACAGGAAUGCGAGUCACGUGGUUGGGACAUGCCUCAGUUAUGGUGGAAAUGGAUGAACUCAUAUUCCUUACUGACCCAAUCUUCAGCCAGCGAGCUUCCCCUACUCAGCUGAUGGGUCCCAAGCGCUUCCGAGGACCUCCUUGCACAGUACAGCAGCUCCCCAAAAUAGAUGCAGUUGUGAUCAGCCACACCCAUUACGAUCAUUUGGACUACAACACUGUAACGAGUUUAAAUCAACGCUUUGGGAGUGAGCUGCGGUGGUUUGUGCCUUUAGGGCUCUUGGACUGGAUGCAGAGAUGUGGUUGCGAGAACGUGAUUGAACUGGACUGGUGGGAAGAGAACUGCGUCCCUGGUCAUGAUGCGGUAACUUUUGUCUUCACCCCUUCUCAACACUGGUGCAAAAGGACUGCGACAGAUGAUAACAAGGUUCUUUGGGGCAGCUGGUCUGUCUUGGGACCUUGGAAUAGGUUUUUCUUUGCAGGAGAUACUGGAUAUUGUGUUGCUUUUGAACAGAUAGGUAAAAGGUUUGGACCUUUUGAUCUCGCUGCCAUCCCUAUUGGAGCUUAUGAGCCAAGGUGGUUUAUGAAGUACCAGCAUGUGGAUCCUGAAGAAGCAGUAAGAAUCCAUAUUGAUGUUCAAGCAAAGAAGUCUGUAGCAGUUCACUGGGGGACCUUUGCUUUAGCAAAUGAGUAUUACUUGGAUCCUCCAGUUAAACUGAAUGAAGCUCUUGAAAGAUACGGCUUGAAAAAAGAUGACUUCUUUGUCUUAAACCAUGGAGAAUCACGAGACUUGAGUACAAAUGAUGGGUUUGAAUAAUGAAACAGGAACAGCUCCUUGUACGCCCUGUUUGAUUUGAACUAGCAGUUAAUCUUAUAAGUAUUAUGUUGUACUUACAAAGUAGAUUUUUUGAAGUGAAUUGGAUUUCUAGUUGCCAGAUUUGUCAGCUUCAGAACUAAAACCUGCAUACCUAUUUCAUGAUAAAUUUUACCAGCUACAUUGUUUAUAGAUUUCAAGAGGUGACCUAAAAACUGGUUGGUAUAUAAAGAAUUGUCUGGGAAUAACUUGCAAUUUCAACUCUUACAUCUACUGAUGAAGAGUAUUUAAAAAAAAAAAAAAAGGUGAUUUAUCUUACCUGCAGCAGCAAUAAUAACCUCAGCACAGGACACAGUCUUAGAAUUAAUGGUUGAAUGCGUCAUUUUAAGAAUAUAAUUUCCCACUUGUCAGUCAUUAAUCUUAAGGUUAUGCCCUGUACUUUGACAGCUUCACUGUAUGUUUUGUUGGGUGGACAAAUACCAUCUUGCCCUGUUGUUAAAGAAAAGUAAAAUAAUUAUUUUACUGAGUGCUUCAACAUUUUCAUAUAUUGACGAACCACAAAAGCUGAAUUUUACAAUGAUCUAAAGAAAUGUGCCUUUUAAAGAGAGAGAUAAUUUAAUAUUGCAUCAUUAACGUGUAAAACUUACUGCUGGACAGAGUAUCUGCACACUUUCAUUGUUUUGUCAAUAUUUUUAAGUUAGGUCCGAAUGUGUCUACAAUAACUUUCUUGUCAAAUGCAGUACAUGAAAUAGAAGAAUCCCGUAAUGGCGCUUGUCUUUGCAUUCACUCAGCCUAUUACUAAGUACUUUUUUCUUUUUUUUUUAAGUGAAAAAACUUAAGCAAGGGCUGCGCUAUUUUUUCUUAUAGUUUCCCUGUAAUUUUAAAAUUGAAUGAGAGAUGACAACAUUGUUUAGUAUUGUAAAACUUGGCUGAAUGCAUCUGUAUCAAAUUGCGAUGCUAAUUUACAGAAUUAAAGCUUAUUGUUGCCAAUAAAAUGGGUUGAUAUUCUUCUUCAUAAUUUGUUGGCAAAUAAUUUUUUUGUUCAUGAUUUGCUUUUGUCUGUGGGAUAUGUGCAUUGUUUUCUUUUUACUGUGCAUUAUAUUUUAUGCUCAUACUCUAUGAAGAUAAAUAAAAACCAACAAGUUAUUUCCUUGCAAUUUCAAGAUAUGAGCUUCUGGCAACUAGUUAAAACCAGUUAAUGAGAUUUCAUGCUAGGAACAAACUGAAGAAAUGUAUCAACUGCUGACAGCUAUCUUUAAAAAAAUUAUAUCAUGAAAUCCUUGAAGUCUUACAGAUCUUCAUGCCAACAAUGAACAGCACAGGGAGGCAAAGAUCAGUUACUCCAAGCUCACAUAGAGGAAAGGUUCUGGAACAGAGGAUUACAUUUACAUGUAAGAAGUAGCUUAUAUUCCUUUAGUGGGAUUCAUUUGACAAAAUCUAUAUUUCUUUAUUUGAAAAGGUAAUUCUAGUGUGGUCUAGGUGUAUUCAGCAGACCGUUUUCAGAACUGGUUUAAAACCACUUUCAGUCACUCAGUGUUGAUUUGGGGAGGGUAUUUCAGAUGAAGUCUCUGUUGGGCCUCACAUUUACACAGUAGCACCAGUAAUAAUUUGGGUAAUAUAAUGCAUAUAACAUGUUCAUAAUAUUGUGGAGGACACUGAGCUGCAGGAUGUUUUGAGAGUGUGGUUAAAAUUAAAGGGUUUUUUUUGGUUUUUUUUAGAGUUUUCAAAAUAAUCAAUAGACUGUUCUGUAAAAUUCUGUACUUUGGAAAGAAGCAAUGAAACUAAAAUACGGCAUACCUAGAUAAGCAGCCGCAUAGCAGAGAAGUGCUGACUAGCAAGGGCAAGAGACUAGAUAUCAGUAAUGACUUAUGUUUUGUGUUGGAUCUAUUAAUACACACCACUUGCGUGUGUAACGGUGACUUAUGCUUUGCUUUGUGCUGAUAAGAUUCCACCUAGGGUACGUGGUGCGGGACGAAAAAACUAGACACACGUGUGAAGGCACUUUGGGGAGUCUUGCAUGGUGUCAAAAGGACUUAAUAGAAUUGUUCUAUAAAGAAAGCAUUUAAAAAUAGGUCCUUCUAGACCAGAAAAGAAGACAAGAUUAUAACAAGUUUUCAUGUGUUUUUAGAAAAUGGGACAAAGGUCACUUGUUUGUGUCAGCUGUCAAAGCAAAGCAUAAGAGAUCAACUUUGAUCAUCAAAAAGAUGAUGUCUGAAAAACUUGGUUUUAGGUUGGAGAACACAGAGAAGAAUGUCUAAAUGACUCCAUUGCUGAGAAAACAUAUAUAUACCUAUGUAGGUGGGGUGUGGGUGUACGUGUAUAUACAUAUAUAUCAGAUAUACCUAGAACAGGCUAGUUUUAAGUUCGUGUCAGAAGAGAAAGGUGUGAGAUCCAUAAAUUCUUAAUAUCUGACCUAGUCUUUAUUUUUCUUUGUUAAGUACAGAAGCAGAAAAAAAACUAAAUCUACGAAAAGUGGCAAAGCACUAAGGGAUUGUAAUGCAAUUUGCUUAUUACAAAAUAAGCAGUAUUUUUGGAGCAGUGGGAAGGAGAAAGGGAAGAUCACUGUCGCUGCUGAGGUUGACAGGGUUCUGACUGGGAAUCAUGCCAAGUUCUAUUUCUGCCUUAAUUGUAUUCCUGAGGAGUUAAAAUUACCUAUGUAGAUAAAUUGGAUACAUGUAGCUUUACCCCUGUAUUGAUCAGAGCUUAGCUACCUUGUAUUUUCAAGGUCGAGUCUUUUUUGCAGUUUUAGCUAUUUGCCAAUUUGCCUACUGAAGAAUAACUAAAAUUGCUCUUGAAUUAUGGAAAGAGACAAGAGUGUUAUUAAGAGCAGAUUGGCAGUAUUAACUUAGGAAGAGGAAGCCUCAGGUAACAGUUCAGGUAAUGCAUGUUUCUUGAAAAUGGUACAAGGUGGAAAACUUGUUUUCCAGCCUUUGCGUCUGACACUUUUUACUUUAUGAUGCAGUGUUCAGGAAGUCUUAGUCUCAUUUUAGCAUAAAAGGUGUUUCCUAGUGUGAUUUAUGUUCAUCAAUGAAACUUCCUGCGGGUUCUUUUACAAUGAUGUUUACAUGUAUUCCACUUCCAAUUAACGCUGCAUUAAUGAUGAAAACUUUAUGGGGGCUAACUGCUCAGAAAGAUUAUUCUGAUGACACUCCAGCUGUAGAGAAAAGGGACUAAACUCUCUGAGGAAAGCAGGCUCAAGAGCUGCUACAGAAGACGAAGCUUUUGUAAAAGUGUGUCUGAUACUGCUCGUGUAGACUCUUAUAAAGAGGAGGAUGUUGAAUUGCACUUAAGGAUAAUAUCUGACUCAAAAUAUUUUUAAAAAUGUCUUUUUUUCAAGUGUGGAGACCUUGCACAGUUGUGGUUAACUGCACUGCAGUGUGGUUAAAUGGAAUGGAUGUACUAAACAUACAAGAAUGUACUUUUAGAAUAUAUUCUGUGCAGGUAAGGUGAAAAAAACAUAGGCUGAUUUACUUUAAUGUGCGGCUUUAUUUGAAAAUGCCACUUCUGUAAGAAGCCAAUGAUAAUUUAGUAUUGGUUUUAUUUAAUAUUUUCUAAGAUUUGGUUGCACCCAUUUAAUAGAUAGAAGAUAAAUAAAAUGUAAAUGUGUGAUCUCUAAUUCCUAAAUCUUCAAUGCACCAUUCCAUGAAGAUAUUUAUUCAACACCUUUAAAGUGACAAAUUCUUUGACAUUGAGAAGAAUAUUUCAAUAGACUCUACUCAUCCAUUUAAAAUGUCCAUUGUAUGUUUGAAAGUUUUUUGUUUUAAACUCUUCCUCUCCCCUUUCUGUACCAGCUAUACAGUCAUUCCUCAAUACAAAUUAAGCCAUGCUUUUACAUUGCUCAUUAAAAAAAAUCUGUUAUGAGAUACAAUGUAUUCUCUUUCAUAGUAACUGAUUUGUGCCCAGUAAUAUGGUAGUAGUCAGUAUUUUUUCUUUU